GUUUUUGUUUAGCUCGUAGUUCGCUAAAGUAAAAGUUUCGCUCUUGUAUAUUGGAUGGGAUGUUUGCAUGGCUGUUGCAAAAUAAAGCUUUAUUAUUAUAAAACACAAAAGAGCCAUUGAGGCCCAAAUACGCUGACAAGAAAGUGGUUAGGUUGUUGCAAGAAUAGUGUUCAAAUGCCGGACACAUUAGCAGCUUGUCGAGUCUGUCUGGCGGUGGACGUGCGGUUGUUAACAAUCGCCGGUUCGCUACAGCUAGUAUAUGAGAAGAUCACCAACAAUGCAUUACACGCUGACGGGAAGCCCGUGGUGGCGUGUUAUAUCUGCCACGCUCAGCUCGACAAGUGCCGCAAGUUGAUGCUGACUUCUGAACAGGCAGAAAAUGUGCUGGAUGCCAUAUUGCACAGACAUUCCGAGAUAACUAAAGAGUCAAUAGGCAUCAUAGACCGCGAGGCUCACGGUCUGUGCGGGUCGCUGCUGCACUGCGGAGCUGUACAUUACAAUAGUGACCUACCAUACCCCAUAGUGGUCAAAACUGAACUGGACUCAGAUGCCAGUACCGAGUCAGUAAGAAUUAAGGUGGAAUCUGAUAAAGAUCCUCUGCCGAUAUGCAAUAUUGAUGAUAUGAAAUGGGACUCGGAUUUAGAAGACCCUAUAACUCUAUUGCAGCCGUAUGACAUAGAUAUAGAAACAACAGAGCACGCAGAACAAGGAGCAGAUUCUGCGUCGGGAUCUUGCAAAGGAAAACCAACGAAAAAAGGUACAAAUACAAAGAGACAGUGCAAGUCUCGUAACUCAAACAUUCGCAGUGCUCGGGGACCCUACGAGUGUGACAUGUGUCAGAGAAGGUUCAAGAACAGUGAACCGUUGAAAAUGCAUUAUAGAACUCAUACUGGUGAGAAACCGUACCAAUGUGAUGUUUGUAAUUAUCGUUUUAGCGUAAAGAAUAAUUUGAUGAGACACAUGAAAACUCACACCGGUGAGAAACCAUAUCUAUGUGACAUCUGUCAACGUGGAUUCAGCCGCAAGAACCAUCUAGUGGGACACGCGCGAACUCACGCAAGCGAGAAACGUAGUACUUUGUAUAGUUGUGAAGUAUGUGCACGUAGCCUUAGUAGCAAGAGUAAUUUAGUGGAACACAUGAAGACCCACACCGGUGAGAAUCCGUUCCAAUGUGACGUUUGUCUACGUCGAUUCAGUCGGAAAUGUAAUUUGGAAGAACACAUGGCAACUCACACUAGUGAGAAACCGUUUCAAUGUAAUUUGUGUCAGCAAAAUUUCGGUCAUAAAAAUGCUUUAAAUCGACACUUCCGGAUUCACACCGGUGAGAAACCUUACGGAUGUGGUGUCUGUCAACGUCGGUUUAGGGUGAGGAGGCAUUUGGUGGAUCACUCGAGAACUCACGCUAGUUAGAAACUUUCUCUGUGAGAUUUCUCACAAGGCAUUUGUUAAAAGAUCAGAAAAAUGUGAUGCGUUCCUAUCAUUCCGAGAAAAUUGACCGAGAAAUUCACUUGGUGAUAGCUAAGGUUAUAAAAUAAAUCACAUCUUUUACGUAAUUAAAUAAAUUGUAGUAAUUAUUAAUUUAAUAAAAAGUUAAGAUCUAAAAUUACAGAAUUUAUUUAAUUAAGUAAAAGAUAUGAUUUAUUUAUAAUGUAUGAAAAUAAAUAAAUGUAUUUCUUUGUUAAAAGCACUGACUGCAGUGAUCUAUGUGCAAUUUAAUUUGAUUAGUUAAUUCAUAAAACAAAAUAUAUCAAUUAAUCGUCAUUUAAUCUAAAACUGUCAUAUUAUUGUUACUUUAUUUUUUAGUAUUAGUGUCUGUGGCAAUUCAAAUAACGUUUCCUAUGUCUAAGCAUACUCGAGUAGAACACUGAAAAAUUCACUGGAUUAAAACAAUUAUAUGUUACAAUUUAAUUAUAAGAAUAUUUUAUUUCAAUAAAUAAUAAUUGAUUUAUAA